AUGGAAUGGGCAGAAGAACUGAAAUCACAGGACAGAACUGUAAGUGGAGCCCCCAAACCUCAAGGCCUGUUUUCCUACCCCAUUGCCAUGACAAGCUGUUUUGGAAACUUUGCUGUGGAAAAAGAAGCAUUCUCUAAUAGCAGCAAAGGAAGAUACAUCAUCAACAUGGAACGAGAAAACAACACACAAGUUUCAGAAUUUCUUCUUCUGGGGUUUUCAGAGACACAAGAAUUUCAACCCUUCCUCUUUGGGCUGUUCCUGUCCAUGUAUCUGGCAACUGUCUUUGGGAACCUUCUCAUCAUCCUGGCCACCAUCGCUGACUCCCACCUCCACACACCCAUGUAUUUCUUCCUCUCCAACCUGUCCUUUGCUGACAUGUGUUUUAUCUCCACCACUAUCCCAAAGAUGUUGGUGAAUAUUCAGACACAGAACAAAGUCAUUUCCUAUGCAGGCUGCAUCAGUCAAAUGUUCUUUUUCAUGCUCUUUGCAGCAUUGGAGGACUUCCUCCUGACUGUGAUGGCCUAUGACCGUUUUGUGGCCAUCUGUCACCCACUCCACUACAUGGUCACCAUGAACCCCCAGCAUUGUGUUCUGAUGGUUUUGGGGUCUUGGAUAAUGACUGCCUUGAAUUCCUCAUUGCAAAGCUCAAUGGUGUUGCAGCUCUCCUUUUGUGCACAUUUGGAAAUCUCCCACUUUUUCUGUGAACUUAAUCAGAUGGUCCACCUUGCCUGUUCAGACACUUUCAUCAAUGACAUAGUGAUUUAUUUUGCAACUGGGCUGCUGGGUGUCGGUCCACUUGCUGGGAUCCUUUUGUCUUACUCUAAGAUUGUUUCCUCCAUUUGUGCAAUCUCAUCAGCUCAGGGGAAUCCAAUUUUAUUGAGAAUUAUGAAUGAUCAGCUAAUGUUUCUGGAAAGAGCAUUCAUUGAUCCUUUAGGAUUACCAGGCAGACCUUUCUAUAGGCAUGUCAUCUAUGCUCCAAGCAGCCACAACAAGUACUCAGGGAUGUCAUUCCCAGGAAUUGAUGAUGCUCUGUUUGAUACUGAAAACAAAGUGGACCCUCCUAAGGCCUGGGGAGAAGUGAAGAGACAGAUUUCUAUUGCAGCCUUCACGGUGCAGGCUGCAGCAGAGAUACUGAGAGAAGUGGCCUAA